AUGUUGGACACCAUCGUCCCUUCCCUGCAGGACGUAGGCAGGCACGUGCUGCCCACGCUGCCCUCGCUGAGCCAGGAGGAAGUCUCUACUAUUUGGGGGAAUGUGUCAGAAUUUGUGGAACGGCAGCUAUCCCUAUGUAAGGGAGUUCAGAUUCCAGGACUUGGAACUUUCACUUUCACGAGACAAAAACUUGAGGUGGGAAACAAGAAGGUUAUUCUCAUUCAGAGGCCCGUGUUUAUCAUGACAGAGAAGUUAGUACAGAUCCAUCGACUCAAACAGAACAAAGUAUAUACUCCUGGUGAUAUCCCAAUUGUUCCACUUAAUUUUGUCAUGAUAUCCCUAGAGGGUCCAUUUAACAGAGAUACAGUGGAAGGAUGUGUGAAGGAGACAUUGCUUUUUUUAUCACGAUCCAUUUCCACCAAACGAAAUGUGGAGUUUACAUUCAAAGGAAUUGGGGUCCUCGUGAUCAAAGGUGGCAAAGUGAAGAUGAGAUUUUAUAAGGACUUCCUCUGUACAAUGGACGGAACUGGAGCUUUGGUGAAAGCUCUAGCAAAUAGGCCCGACACUGUGGAUUCGGUGUUGUCUAGCAGAGAAUCCUUGAGGAAACGGCCCAACAGCGUGCUUGCAUUUCCCAGGAUGGACCUCAAGGAGAUGGAGAGCAAACCAACUAUGGAGACCAUUGUAGAAGAAGGUGGACAGAAUCGACAAAGGAAGAGCAAGUUAAAAGACCAGUCAGACAAAGAAGGAGGUGCCCGAGAGAUCUUAUCACCCAAGAUAAUGCGAGAUAGACAAGGUAUCUCCCCCGCCAAAGAAGCAAACAUCAGUUUGCCGAACAAAUUGGAGCAGAAUGGGAGUGGUGGGAAGAAUACGAACCUACAAAGCUUAUCAUCUCCAGGUGGUCUGAAAAAUGACAAUGAAAUGAAGCCUAAAGUUUCUCCAGCCACUUCUUGCCAGGAUCAUAAUAGGGCAGGACAGGAAAUGUGCUAUGUAUGCUUGCAACGAGCACAACGGAAUACCCCCUUGUACUACAGCAAGGAGAGGAAGAGGAGAGAGGUGGAGGAUGAGAGACUCAUACAGCAGUAUCAGAUACUGAAAGAUCAAGAGGCUCUCUUCAAAGAACAGAUGAGAAGUCUGGCUAGUAGAGAACAGAAUCAAAAAAAUGCUGCCUAUAACCUUGGAGUUGCUGAAGCUAUAAGAAUCCACAAGAGUGAGAAACCUGAAUUUUAUAAAUCCUUCCUGUUUGAUAAACGGCCACUCAGUCCUGAGAUUAAUGCUUUUAAACAAGAGGAAUAUUCCCAAAGUCUCCUGAAACAAAUGGACCACAGACAGGAAAAGGACAUAAAGCAAAGACAAAACAGAGAGUUGAUGGAGCGCCUGGAACAAGUGCAGCUCACAGAGGAACUUGCUGCUCAAAGAGCCAAAUAUAUAAGAGAUAAGAUGGAAGAAACACAGUGUUACAAGAGGGCUUUGGAUGCACAGAUAAAGAACAAACGCUCCCAGCUGCCCGUGUUUGAGCCAGACUCUUUUGAGCCCAUCAUUGGUAAAAAUGAGGGUGAGAUGAUGGCGGAAAAGCGAAAGAGAGAACAGAAUUACAUGAAGCACCAGCUGGAGGCAGCUGCUAAUCGCAAGAGGAGAGCCAUCCUGCACCAGCUGGUGGACCAAAAGCGGGAUUUGCUGAUGCUUCAGAGGACACACAAAGAGCACUUGGCAGACAGAAAUGCUGAGCUCGAGCGAGUGAACAGAAUCAACCAAAGCUUACAGGAUGACUGGGAAAGGAGUGCUGUCAUGAAGAAGCAGCGGGACCUGGAGGAGAAGGCUUUCGAGCGAGCCUCCGACAAGCUCUUCCUCCUGGACCAGUGUGAGAGGUAUCGGCGCUGCAAGCAGUGCCGGAGGCGCACCUCCAACGUGGGCGAGAGCAACCUGUGGCCCCUGAACAAGUACAUGCACGGCUCCCGGCUGUUCGUGUAA